AUGUAUCGACAACCAGUGGUGGCUCUAGCCUCCCUCCUUUGUCUCACGGCUUCCGCUGUUCCAUAUGCCGAGUACAUCCUCGCGCCGUCGCAGCGAGAUCUGUCUCCCAUAUCCGUUCACCAAUCUAAUGGUACCGUCAUCAAUGCCGCAGGAGUCACGACCUCCGGAUCCGGAGGCACCACUUUCAACAGCGUAUCAGCUGUCACAUACGACUACACCAAGAACAUCGGCGGCUUGGUAUCCUUCGUCGUCAACUCUUCAUCCGAUAGCGAACAAUACAUAGGCAUCUCAUUCACCGAGUCGUCCAUGUGGAUCUCUCCUGACGGCUCUGAUGCUACUCAGAACAUCGCCAUCGACGAGACAUUGUGGUUCAAGAUCACUGGCCCUGGCAACUACUCUGUCGAGCCCCUGCACGACCGUGGCGGUUUCAGAUAUCUAAAUGUCUAUCAUAACACCACUGGCAAUGUUACCCUGAGCCAUCUGCAAACCUACUUUACUGCCAUGCCACAUUUUCCUGAUGAUGGUCUUCGCGACUAUACAGGUUACUUCCACAGUAACGACGAGAAGCUCAACCGAGUCUGGUAUGCUGGUGCCUACACCGACCAACUAUGCACAAUUCCUUCCACAGCGGGCAAUUCUCUGGUCGACCUUGAUGCCACUGACCCAGAUGUGCCAACAGUGUGGUGGUCCAACAGCACCUUGACAAACGGCAGUUCUGCUUUCACCGACGGACCCAAACGAGAUAAGCUCAUCUGGCCCGGCGACUUUGCCAUUUCAGUACCUGGUGUGUUCCUUUCAACAGACGACGCCAUUACUGUAAAGCUAUCUCUACAACAACUGUUUGCUAGUCAGAACACCACUACCGGUGCUCUCCCCUGGUUUGCUCAACCCGUAUAUGUGUUCCCAGAGAACAGUUUUAUCGAUUUUGGAAAAGUUGUUUUCAGUUUCAACUAUCACCUAUUCACACUCCUGGGAUUGCACAAUUACUGGGUCUAUACUGGUGAUGAUGAAUACCUUCAGAACAAUUGGAACAGAUUCAAGCUUGGUCUGAACUAUAGCCUGAGCUUUGUGGACGAAACUGGAUUGGCGAAUGUCACUUCCCCUUUUGAUUGGUUAAGAGUAGGUAUGGGUGGCCACAAUAUCGAGGCCAACAGCAUUCUCAAACAUACCUUGGAUGUAGCAGUUGCACUGGCUUAUGCUGUCAACGACACUUCGCAUAUCUCUAGCUGGUCCAAUGCGUCUACAGCUAUUGCAAGUGCCGCAAACACACUUCUCUGGGAUAGUACAGCUUCACUCUACAAGGACAACGAGACCACCACUCUACAUCCACAGGACGGCAAUGUGUGGUCCAUCAUCGCGGGCAUCGCAUCCGCGAACCAAAGCACUGCAAUCUCCUCCGCUCUCGCUGCACGCUGGGGACCGUACGGUGCUCCGGCUCCAGAAGCCGGUACAACGAUCUCACCUUUCAUAUCGGGCUUCGAGCUCCAAGCCCACUUCCUCGCCGGGCAACCUCAACGCGCCAUCGACCUGAUGCGCUUCAUGUGGGCAGAUUUUAUGCUCGACGAUCCACGCAUGACCAACAGCACCUACAUCGAAGGCUACGACACUAGCGGCGCACUGCACUACCCUGCCUAUGCCGACGACGCACGAAUUUCGCAUUCUCAUGGCUGGAGUUCUGGUCCUGUAUUAGCUUUGUCGACGUUUGCGGCUGGAUUGCAUGUGUUGAAUGCAGCGAAUUGGGUCGCACAUCCUCAACCUGGCAAUUUGACGAAUGUGGAAGCUGGGUUUGAAGUUGGUCAUGGAAGUUAUGCUGCUAAUUACUCUGUUACUGCUGGUGGAGCCAGGUACACAUUCACGACGCCGGCAGGCACGAAAGGCAGUCUUGUCCUUGAUACUCUCAGUUGCAAUGGCAAGAUAACCAUUGAAGGCAGUUUUGGCGAUGCUGAUGCUGGCCAGUCGAGCUCCAAGCGUGGUGUUGGUCAUAACAAGAGUUUCCACUGGAGCAAGCAAAUUAAGAACCCAGGUCUUGCAGCAAGUCCUUGGAGAUGUGGUGUUUGGGGUCCUUCUUCGCCGCCAGCGCACUCGAAUGACAGUAAUGGCACGAUCACCAUUGACGGGCUGGCUGGUGGAAAUUACACUGUUGAUAUCAGGUGUACAUGA